GCAGUUGAAGAUGUCAAUGUCACAUUUGAAGACCAGAAGAAGAUUAAUACAUUUGCCAGAAACACAAAUCGAAUGACAGAGUUUAAAGAUGAAAUAGAAGCAAAAAAGGUAAGAGUGGUCAGUAUAGUGUAAUGAUCAUGAAAAUCUCAAUAAUUCGAUUUUCUUUAGACUUGUUUCUUAUUCUAGUAACGGUACAUCAUAUAGUCACUACCGGUAUAUUAUAUACAGUAGUCUAACUAUAACCAUCAAUUAGGGCUGGGUGAUAUAUCAAAUAAAUGUGAUUAAUUUGAAUGUAUGUUUUUGCGCGAUAUUCCAAAUGCCUGUAUUGCAGAAUCAAGGUUUAUUGUAUUUUUUCGUUUUUAUGAGCGUUUAUGUCCGCUUGUCAUGUUGUCUUUUUGGUCUCGUUCUCUUCUUCUGUGCUGUGCACCUUCACAUUUCUUCCAGUUCUCUGCUGCAAAUGACUGGAACGAACUGCAAAAAUCUCUGAAGCUGGAGACACUUAUCUCCCUCACUAACUUUAAGCAUCAGUUGUCAGAGCAGCUUACCGAUCACUGCACCUGUACACAGCCCAUCUGUAAUUAGUCCACCCAACUACCUCAUCCCCAUAUAGUUAUUUACAUUGUUAUUUAUUUUCCUCAUUUGCACCCCAGUAUCUCUAUUUGCACAUCAUCUUCUGCACAUCUAUCACUCCAGUGUUAAUACUAAAUUGUAAUAAUUUUGCACUAUGGCCUAUUUAUUGCCUUACCUCCAUAACUUACUACAUUUUCACAAACUGUAUAUAUAUAUUUUCUACUGUGUUAUUGACUGUACAUUUUGUUUAUUCCAUAUGUAACUGUGUUGUUGUUGUUUUUAUCGCACUGCUUUGCUUUAUCUUGGCCAGGUCGCAGUUGUAAAUGAGAACUUGUUCUCAACUGGCUUACCUGGUUAAAUAAAGGUACAACAAAAAAAUAAAACACCAGAGAUCUGUAUAUAAUGACGAGAUGCUCAUGUCUCCGCCCUAACAAUGGUAGUCGUUGUCCCAAAGGUGGGAAGGCAGGCGACAAGCUUACGUUCUAAAUAAGCGCAUAGGGUUUAUUUUGGACAGAUUUUGGUGAGAGUGAAACCUCUCGCUUCUCCUCCCAAGCCCUUCCCCCUACCACUCACUCACAACAACAAAGAUGAGAUCACUUCUUAGAUUUGAGAUUUUAGUCAUUUAGCAGACGCUCUUAUCCAGAGCGACUUACAGGAGCAAUUAGGGUUAAGUGCCUUGCUCAAGGGCAUACUGACAGAUUUUUCACCUAGUCAGCUCGGGGAUUAGAACCAGCGACCUUUCGGUUACUUGCACAACGCUCUUAACCACUAAGCUACCUUCCUCUCUGACAAACGGUUUCAAUUCGCUAUUUGCGUUUACAUUUUAGUCAUUUAGAAGACGAUCUUAUCCAGAGCGACUUACAGUUAGUGAGUGCAUACAUUUUCAUACUGGCCCCCCGUGGGAAUCGAACCCACAACCCUGGCGUUGCAAACGCCAUGCUCUACACGGGACUAAGGUUUGGUCCAACAUAAUCGGUCAUAUGAACACCGAAACACAUGGAGACAUUAUUUUACUGUAAUAGAGGAGAAGUUAACCUUUCGAACCAUACCCUGUUUAUGUUAUAACUCCUCAAAUUUCGAGCAGAACAUACACUACUAAACCCGAUGUACCAAUGAACAUUCAUUCUGGAAAAUUAAUGCUCAGUUUUUCGCGCGUGCAUUAUGGUACCACGUAUAUCGUUACAGCAUUCUAGUCAGAUAAAGAUGGCUAUACUAGCAUAAAACAAUUUAUAUAAGGAAUUGGCAACUCGUUCUCAUUCUGAGAAAUAAGGUAGGCCACUUUAUUUCAACAUCUGAACAAAGUAGACAGGCUAACAUGCUGUUCAAACAGUUGAGACGGACAGAAGGUUGUGUUCAUAACAAUUCAACUGGUUUGCCGUGUUAGCUGAAUUCAGAGCUUGUGAAAUUAUACCUAGAUCCAAGUUGGCUAAACUUGAAAUAUAAAUAUAGGCUGGCUACUCACUAGCACGUGGGCUUGUGCUUGAGAUAUUGUUUAUGAGACCGGUGUUAAUGUCUAUAGUGGCUGCUACAUUAUUAGUGAAUGUGCAUUAUGCAUGAUUCUGGUUAAAUUUGUCACAAAAAGGGCAUUUUUAUAGACAGACCUGAAAGACAGAUCAGUGAUUAUUGCAACAAAAGAAAAGCAGGUACAACUAUUUUUAUAAAAUAAUAAAUUUAUUAGUGGGUGUUAUGGUUGUGGAAGGCAUAUAUUCAGCCUAGGUAUAAUUCCACAAGCUCUGAAUUCAUUAGAUUAUUGCUGAAUGUUUUAAAUUCAGUGUAUUUGACCAUUAAUUGUACAACAAAGCUUAUUUUAAAAUAAAUCGAGAUAUAUGUUGUGAAUCGGCCAUAAGUUAGAAAACAAUUUAGGCAUGAGUUUUAGGCCAUAUCGCCCAGCCAUACCGGCAAUCUGCAUUCUUCUCUUCUCAGAAAUCUCUACAGAAUCUGCAGGAUGCCAGUGAUGACCUGAUGAUGGCUGAGGAUGACACUCUGCUCGUCCCGUAUCAGAUUGGAGACGUCUUCAUCAGUCACACCCAGGAAGAGACCCAAGAGAUGUUGGAAGCUGCAAAGGUAUUGGUAUUAUGAUAUGAGUCGUGUAGAAGUUAGGGGUGUGGGCCUACCUCAGAAACCGGGAUGCCUGUUCCUAAGGCAAACAUGGAUGGGUUGUUUAACUAAUUUUAACGUUGCAUAAUGAAGCCAAAGGCAGAGAUGUCAAGGUAUUAUGGUUGACCCUAUUAUUAAGAAUGCAACCUUAAUCAUUUGAACCAUUCUGAUUUAUUACUAUGUCAGACCUUAGUAUAAAUAGUUCUAUUAACGUGCAUUGUUUGUGGCUACAGGAACUACUGCAGCAGGAGAUCAAAGACCUAGAAAGGAAGGUGUCGACGAUACAGCAGGUGUUGGGUGAUCUGAAGGUCCAGCUCUACGCCAAGUUUGGGAACAACAUCAACCUGGAGGCAGAUGAAAGCUGAUCCUAGAUUUGUUUGUGCUGUUUAGUAUGACAAUUAGUCAAUGAUUAUAGGAGUUGACAAGAUGCCACAAACAGAUCUGGGAUCAGGUUAAGUGGGCAACUAUCUCUUUACACAUGGAGUUUUCAUGC